AUGAAGGAAGAAAGGGAGAAUUCGUUGGCGAAUGCCGGAAUAGCUUUGUUCAGCGCACAGAUUCUCUCGUCGGCAGCAAUGUUUGUCCUCCUGUGCUCUUUAUUCUUUCAAAUGGGAGACGACCCUUUUUAUCGGAGCGCCUUCAUCCCUUCGUACUCUACGGCCUGGACGGUCGGGUCGCUAGUCCUCCUCACAGUCUGCGACUUCCUGUUCACUAGCUUUGCUGUAUCGGGGAUCGUCUACUCUCAACCCGAAGGACUAGGAAGUUUCUUCGUAGCCAAGUUCCUCAUUCUCAUCCUCUACUUGAUCGUGUUCGGGUGCUCGACGGCCUGGACGGGCACGGAGAUCUUCUUUUCUUUAUUCUAUUUGGUGUACUCGAUAGCAGAGAUGUACAUCGCAAUUGCGCUGCACUCGGAACUUCUGAGAGGCAAUAAGGAAGAGGAUGAUGACAAGCCGUAUCAAUCUCCUGGCCAUACCGGCAAAUAUGUCAGCCGGUUUGUUUAA